AUGGUGAAGCAGACGAAGUCCAACAAAGGCAAAGGUCGACUGGUAGUCGAGCUGCCUGAAAUCAUCAAUCCUGACAACGAGCGUAACGCCCGAACAGCUCGAUCCUUGCCCUCGUCAUCAAGAGCUAGAAGAUCUCUUCGACUCACCUCGCAUGUUGUGGAGGAUUCUGAUGGUGAUGACUUGGAUCUUGACAACGACAACUCACCAGAUGCUGCCUUGGCUCGCCGUCUUCAGCGCGACGAGGACAACAAAGCUGCUGCUGCGAUCACUAUGAAACAAUCUAUUUCUCAACAGCCUUCACGGCGAAGCACUAGAAAACCCUUAACCGUUAACGACGAGAGUGACAAUGACUACCUUGAUGAUGUCAUCUGUGGACUUUCGUCUGAACUGCCUGGCCUAAAGGGGAAAGGCAAAGCUAUCGCAAAGCCGUCUUUACGACGGACCACCAGGGCGUCUCUGGCUAAGCAAGAUGAGACCGAUGAUGAAUUUUUUGAUGACGAAACCGAUGGGCUCCCAACUACUCAGCCUGGCCGCAAUGGUCUGCUGAAGAAAUUUGUCGCAAGGCCUGGUACAGUAAAGCGCAAGGCUCCGCAGGGACGCCGCUCCGCUGUAUCUAUCCCUGACAGUGAGGAGGAGGAGGACGAGGAGGAGGAGGACGACGACAUACCCUUGUCUCGCUCCCGCAAGAAGCUCAAGACUGCUGGUUUUGACUCACCUCUACCUACUACUGAAGACGAAGAUUUCGAGUCUGGGAUCUCAGACGGAUCAAUAGGAGAUUCUGAUGCAGAAUUCGAUGAAGAGGCGGAUGAGCCACCACAGCCUACCACUCCAAAUUCUAUGCGACGAAUUGGUCAAACACGUCGUGGCUUCAGAGGUCCGGUACAUGCACGUAGAACUAAGAACGAACGUGUGACACUGGAAAAGAACCAUCCCGAGCUUAAGACUAUGUGGAUCACGCUGGAGAACAUGCCUGUUCUCAAAGCUGGCAAAGCUGAGCAGCCGGCAACUAUCUCACGCCAACUCAAGCCAUUUCAACUUGAAGGGCUUGCUUGGAUGAAAGCCAUGGAGGCGAUGAAGUGGAAAGGUGGCCUUCUUGGUGAUGAGAUGGGCCUCGGAAAGACAAUCCAGGCAGUAUCACUCAUCAUGUCGGACUACCCGGCAAAGCAGCCGUCACUUGUCCUCGUCCCGCCUGUUGCUUUGAUGCAAUGGACUGCCGAGAUUGAAUCAUACACCGAUGGCAGACUGAAGACUUUGGUGUUCCAUGGCACCAACUCGAAAGCCAGAAACAUGGGCCCGAAAGAGCUAAAGAAGUACGAUGUGAUUCUCAUGUCGUACAACAGCCUGGAGUCCAUGUAUCGCAAGCAGGAGAAGGGAUUCAAGCGCAAGGAAGGCAUGUAUACAGAGAAGAGUGCCAUUCACGCAAUCAAGUUUCAUCGAGUGAUCCUGGAUGAGGCGCAUUGCAUCAAGACAAGAACUACAAUGACUGCCAAGGCCUGUUUUGCCCUUAAGGUAGAGUAUCGCUGGUGCUUGACAGGAACCCCUUUACAGAACCGCAUUGGCGAGUUCUUCUCCUUGAUCCGCUUCUUGAACAUCAGUCCGUUCGCAUCGUAUUUUUGCAGAAACUGUUCUUGUUCAACCCUUGAAUGGUCCAUGGGCGAUGACGGCCGUUGCAAACACUGCAACCACGGCUCAAUGCGUCACGUAUCCGUGUUCAACCAGGAGCUACUCAAUCCCAUCCAGAAAUACGGUAAUAGGGGCGAAGGCAAGGCAGCAUUUCAGAAACUCCGCCUCCUGACUGAUCGAAUCAUGCUGCGUCGUUUGAAGAAGGACCACACCAACUCGAUGGAGCUUCCCGUCAAGGAAAUCUACGUUGACCGUCAAUUCUUCGGCGAGGAGGAAAAUGACUUUGCGAACAGCAUCAUGACCAGUGGUCAACGCAAAUUCGACACUUAUGUGGCCCAGGGUGUCCUUCUCAACAAUUACGCCAACAUCUUCGGUCUCAUCAUGCAAAUGCGUCAAGUUGCUGACCAUCCCGAUUUGAUCCUGAAGAAGUCUGGUGACGGCGGACAAAACGUGCUGGUCUGCUGCAUCUGUGACGAACCAGCAGAGGAAGCGAUUCGAUCAAGAUGCAAGCAUGAUUUCUGCCGCUCUUGUGCCAAGAGCUACAUCAACUCCCAGGAGCAACCCGAUUGCCCCCAUUGCCACAUCCUGCUGUCCAUUGAUCUUGAGCAACCUGAGAUGGAGCAAGAUGAAUCACUCGUCAAGAAGUCGUCUAUCAUUAACCGCAUUAAGAUGGAGAACUGGACUUCAUCGUCAAAGAUUGAGCUGCUUGUCCACGAGCUUCACAAGCUACGAUCGGACAAUGCUUCCCACAAGUCCAUAAUUUUCUCCCAAUUCACGACAAUGCUUCAGCUUAUCGAGUGGCGCCUGCGACGAGCCGGAAUCACUACGGUGAUGCUUGAUGGGAGCAUGACGCCGGCGCAGCGUCAGGCAUCGAUUAACCACUUCAUGACGAAUGUUGACGUCGAGUGUUUCCUGGUUUCCCUGAAGGCGGGAGGGGUUGCUUUGAACCUGACGGAGGCAUCUCGAGUCUUCAUUGUCGACCCGUGGUGGAAUCCCGCGGCUGAAUGGCAGUCGGCCGAUCGUUGUCAUCGUAUUGGGCAGACUCGUCCAUGCACAAUUACCCGGCUUUGCAUUGAGGAUUCUGUGGAGAGUCGCAUGGUGCUUCUUCAAGAGAAAAAGACGAAUAUGAUCAACUCAACCAUCAACUCCGAUGAUGCUGCCAUGGAGUCAUUGACGCCGGAGGACCUUCAGUUCCUUUUCAGAGGAAACUAA